GCGCGCACCGCUCAGUUGGCAAAGUUUGACGCGCUGACUUUCAGAGGAGCGCACAGGCGUCAGACAGAAAACUAGCAAAGUAUGCGGGAUAUUUCUCAGUGACUUGAACAGAAUUUAUGAUAAGAAGUUCGGCGCCUGUAAGCUCAUGUCUGACCGUGAAGGGAGCUAUAUUACCCGCCACCUGCACUUCACAGUUUCGGAGCGUUGCUCUCGGUGUCUGUGGGCGCGCAACUUCGGGAAGAGGACACAGUGUUUGGCACAGGACGGGACACCGUGUGCGCCAGGCGUCGGGCAUAAAGGAGGCGACAAGUGGAUCCCGUGAGAUAGUUUGGAAAGUUUAUUUUUGAGGGAGUUCGUGUUUUAUUUGAGCGUGUGUUGUAGAGUCCGUCGUCACCAUGAGUGGAGAGCUGCUUUUCCAGAUGUGGAUGGUUUUAUUGUUGGGGACUUCGAUGACCGGGUUCGUUAGGGCUCAGGUCUCCACCGCCAGAGUGAUGAGGGGCAACAUCAGGAGAGACGACUUUUACCGCAAAGAGGAAAACGUCACGGUAACGGCGGCGGGUGGAGCCGUCCACAGCCCGCGCUACCCCAGCGCUUACCCCCGCAAUCUGCUGCUGUCAUGGAAACUGCUGUCGCCUCCGGGGAGCCGCAUACACCUGGAGUUCGACGGGCACUUCGGCCUGGAGGAGGCUGAGAACGGAGUGUGCAGGUAUGACUUUGUUGAAGUGGAGGACCGAUCGGAGACCAGCACGAUAACCUGGGGUCGCUGGUGUGGGCAAAAGGCACCGCCUAGUCUCAACUCCAAAACCAACAAGCUCAGAGUCACCUUCAAGUCUGAUGACUACUUUGUUGCAAAACCCGGAUUCAAAGUCUACUACUCACUGCUGUAUGACACUCCUCUGCCUGCAUCCAACACCAACUGGGAGGCGGUCACCAUGCCCAUGUCGGACGAUGGUGGAGGACAGAUGCCAGCAGCAGUCACAGAGGUUCCGUUCUCAUUGGAGGACUUGGACCGGACCAUAGCCGCCUUUGACACUGUCGAACAGCUUCUCAGAUCCCUGAGCCCAGACACCUGGAAACAGGACCUGGACAGCAUCUACACUCAGACACACAUACAUUACAGAUCCAGGGCCUAUCAUCUGGCAAGCAGACAUAAUAAAGUGGAUCUGAACCGUCUGUAUGACGACGUCAAGCGGUACAGCUGCACGCCUCGCAACUACUCUGUGAACCUGCGCGAGGAGCUGAGGGCCACCAACGCCGUCUUCUUCCCUCGAUGUCUGCUGGUCAAACGCUGUGGAGGAAACUGUGGCUGUGGAACAGAUAACUGGAACAACGGCUGCACCUGUCAGGCCUCCAAGACCACAGCCAAACUACACGAGGUGCUGAAGUACGCCCCAGAGGUCACUCUGUAUCAGCGCCAUCGGCGGCAGCGGGUGCGCUGGAACAUAGAUGAGAUCCACCUCACGCACCAUGAAACGUGCGAGUGUGCUUGUCCCUCCCAGCCCCCUCGCUGAGACACUGAGACUAGCGACGUGCACCUGGAACUGUUGGACAAGUUCUUUUUAUCUAUUUUGCAACAGACUUCAUAUAAUAUAAGCAACGCAGACACACAUGCAGCAGAGAAGAGGGCGACAAUUUGACUGACAAACUGCAGCUUGCAUCCUACUCAUUGACCACUUGCCUUCCAAACUCCAGCCGAACAUGUUCGUUAUCUUUUUUCUUGCGACUUGGAGACUUAAUCCCGCCUGUUUAGACCGCAUCAGUUUUGCACCACAGAAAGUGCUUAAGGAGAUGAUUUUAUUUUGGGUUACUAGAGUAGGUUUACAAGUUUUAAUGCUCAGAAAACACCUCAGUUUUCUCUGUCUGAAACGCUCUGUUUUGGCUCCUUUCUCCUUAAAGUCCACCUCCUGAAUACUCUGCUCUGAUUGGUCAGCUCACGCACGCCUGACCCAGCACCACUUACAACAACAGAGCCGCUGUGCUGAAUCAAUUCUUACAUGGCAAACUAGCCUCUAGGCAUAAAUAGUAUCACAAAGUCACAGAAUUAAAGACGGGACUACUGACGAGGCGUUUCAGGAGCAGUGUUUUCGGUGGGAGAGAAGAGCCUCUGACAGUGCAAACUUGGAUGUUUUAAACUUUCAAGAUCUUUUACAUGCACAAGAACAUGUAUAACACACUAAAUGACAGGAGAAAAAAAAAGCGUCUAACAGGUCGCCAGAGGAAUUCACUUCAAUUCAAUCAAAGUUUCAUUCUCCAAGAAACAAACAUUUGGCGUGCAAACAUGCCAUAUUAUGAAGAAAAAACACCCAAAUUCAAUUAAACUUACAUGCAGCCUAUAUUUUGAUUAAAGCAGCUCAAUAAUUGGCAGCUUGAUUGAAUUGAAACUGACUCCAAGUACUGUGCAAACUGUUUUUUACUCCUCAUUUCAUGUGCAUGUAUUUGCAUUUCUUCCCGUUAUAAUAAGACUGUUUCUAGAAACUUCAGGCACUUCUUCCGCCAGGAGCAUGCUGAGAUGAGUGAGCGUGAGACAGACGGAGGGAGGGAGAGGUGUCGGAGGAAGUGUAAACCAAAAUAACACUUUAUCUUGAUGUGAAAUUAGGCUAACCACAACCCUCCAGAACUGAACACACACAUACACACACACGUUCAACUCCAAGCUCCCGCACCUACCUAAAGAUAAACACUGCAGUUAUUUAUACUGAAUUCUUUCACUGCUCUAUUUUUCAGUGCAGCCCUCUUUUGUUUUGCACAGAUUCCUGUCUGCGCGUAUCCGCGCUUCCCUUUGUCUGUCCUUCCAUCCAUACGCUUCACACACACACACACACACACACACACACACACACACACACACACAAACACACACACACGCACACACGCUUUUUCUCCCUCCAUCACUCAAUUUCCAACACAUCAAAAGGCAUGUCAUAUGAGGCCGAAGCGCUCUAACCAGGUUUCCGAGCGUUCCAGGCAUUCCUACUGCCAACAGGAAUCCUGCUAAAGCGGAUAAAACCUCGAUCCUUAGACCCGGGGCACACGAGAGGAAAGAAAGACAGACACUCAGGAAGGGACUUUCUGGGGGGAGGGGGGGUGGGAGUCGACUGACAGAAAAAGGGACAAUCAAGCGAGCCGUCUAUUUGUAGAUUACCAGCGCUCCUGGAUGAGAGCCACUUUUCGAGAUACAGCGCAUGAAAGAUUGCAGCUACUUCAGCGGGUUCAAUCAGCACGUUCAUGCAUUCCUCUCGCCUGAUUUUGUGUGUUUUUAUUAUUCUUUUUUUUUGCUCUUUUCACUCAUGAGGAUGCUCACAUGUAUCACAGUCUGACCCACUGCAACAGCAACCACAAUAGAAGAGAAACUAAGUCAGAGAAAUGUUUCCUUUUCUCUGCCGGUCUUGCCUGUACCAGCUCAGGAAGGGGUCCUUUUGUUUUAAGGGGUGGAGGGUUACCAACAGUCUGCGAGAGCUGGCAGCAGAGCAUUGUGAACGGUUCGGUUCAUGUCGGCUGCGUAGGUAGCAGGAGUAUCAAAGCCGCUGAGUGAGAAUUCAAACUAACUGCUUAUCAUUUCCAUACAUAUGACCCUGCUGUGAGAAAUAGAAAGACGCCAUCAUCCGUCAUCCCUCCAUCGCCGCAUCCCACAAGUCCCACCAUCGCCAUCGCAUGCCGAGACCCACUUCACAAGGCCGGAGCUACGGCGAGAAAAUGGGAUUUUGCACGCUACUUUUUGUUCUAAAAAGAGACAAAAAAGGAAUAACCGGACAGUGAGACGAUUCCUCAGUCACAGUGAAACCCGAUCAGCUGUGUGCCGUUGACGCUUUCACAUGCAUUUGUGUGUGCUCUGAGUGAAGGGUGGUAUUUGGCAGGCAAUGGGGAACCUAUCUCUCUUAAACGUUCCAGAGAUGCGUUGGGUUGUGUGAUCGUGACAUUCCAAGUAAUUUAUCCCGGCCACCCUCCACACGCACACGCACACACACACGCUGCUGUCUCUGGUUGUAGCAACCUCACUUUGCUACAAAGCUUCUGUCGUCUCCUGUUUUGCAAAGUUUUUUUUUUUUUUUUUUUUUUUUUUUAAUUCCCACAUGAUGCAUUUUUUGAGACACAAAGAUAAACACAAAGCUCAUGUGAAGCUGAAGAUUUGUUCAAAUUUCUCAGAGGAUGGUUAGCAGGUAAAUGACUCCGUUAAAUCCUCAGCAGCUAACGAGCCAGAUGGUGUGUUUAGGGAGCGUGUCAUUCUUCAAGAUGCUUCGCUGCAAAUUUCUUUUUGUUACUGUACCAACGACUAUGUUAGAGCUUUUCAGACAUCGGCUGCCAGCAAGAGACGUAUUGUAAAUGUAUGUGAGGCGUGUUUGUGUGUGUGCGUGUGCGCGUGUGUGUGCACAUCCUGUGUCUGCCAGCUUUCUGCCAUUAUCAGCACAUUCCAUUGUUGAGUGCCUCAAAGUGACAUUCCUCUGUUUUGCUCAUAAACGGUUUGUGUUCACCUCCACUUCUUUACAAAGGAACCUACAUGUAUUUCACGGUCACACAUUCAAACCUGCUCGUGCAAUUGUUUGGAUUUUUCUUACACAUUAGAACUUGCCUUCAGUAAGAUUUGGUCCAGAGUUUAAGCUGCCCUUUCGCGGGAUUGUCAGGACUGCUCCGUCAUGUUUUCAAGCUGCGAUGAAAGACGCCGCUGUUAGUUUUAGCAAUAAAAAAGUCAACCUGCUUUGCUGUUUUCUGAAAAAUAUUCGUGACAAAAACUGUAUGCUUUACGUAAAUAAUUUAUUGUGUUUCAUUGUAUUGUUUUAUUCCAAACUUCAACUGGUUGUCUCGAUAAAUAAAGUGUUUCUAGCA